UUUUUCCAUUUUGGAUCUGCUUGCGUCGUCUUCUCUCUACCCCUCUCUUACAGUCUCUGAUUCAAACCCUAAUUCUGGGACAACCGGAUCCGUUCGAUUCUGAUCCUAAUCUUCCUUGCCAUUCUGUUCCCUCAAUCGGCAAUUUAGGAGGUUAUAGCCCUCGCUUCUGAUCUCCUCAUACAAUGGCGUGCAUAAAGGGGGUGAGCAGAUCUGCCUCCGUGGCGCUGGCUCCGGACGCCCCGUACAUGGCAGCGGGGACGAUGGCGGGGGCCGUGGAUCUUUCGUUUAGUUCGUCCGCUAAUCUCGACAUCUUCAAGGUCGACUUCCAGUCUGACGAUCGCGAGCUGACACUGGUGGGCGAGUGCCCGAGUUCCGAGCGCUUUAACCGCCUUGCUUGGGGAAGAAAUGGAUCCACCUCCGAAGAAUUUUCCCUUGGUCUCAUCGCCGGUGGCCUUGUCGAUGGGAAUAUUGAUAUUUGGAAUCCGCUGUCUCUGAUCCGUUCUCAGUCUGGCGAAAGUGUGCUUGUUGGACAUCUUUCAGUACAUAAAGGGCCUGUUCGUGGUCUUGAAUUUAAUGGUUUAACACCAAACCUGCUUGCUUCUGGCGCUGAUGAUGGCGAGAUCUGCAUUUGGGAUCUUGCUAAGCCUUCUGAGCCUUCUCAUUUUCCUGUUCUGAAGGGUGGUGGUUCCGCUGCACAAGGUGAAAUUUCCUUUUUAUCUUGGAACAGAAAGGGUCAGCAGAUAUUAGCAUCUACCUCAUAUAAUGGCACCACUGUGGUCUGGGACUUGAGAAAGCAGAAGCCUGUAAUUAGCUUUGCAGAUUCUGUUCGACGGCGGUGCUCAGUUUUGCAGUGGAAUCCUGAUAUUGCAACUCAGAUUAUUGUUGCAUCAGAUGAUGAUACUUCACCUACUCUGAAGCUUUGGGACAUGAGGAACACAAUGUCACCCAUGACCGAGUUUGUUGGCCACACAAGAGGUGUGAUUGCAAUGGAAUGGUGUCCUAGUGACAGCUCAUAUCUUCUUACCUGUGCUAAAGACAACCGAACUAUUUGCUGGGACACGAAUACCACAGAGAUUGUGGCUGAGUUACCUGCUGGAAACAAUUGGAAUUUUGAUGUUCAUUGGUACCCAAAGAUACCCGGAGUUAUAUCAGCAUCUUCAUUUGAUGGGAAAAUUGGUAUCUAUAACAUCGAGGGUUGCAAUCGCUAUGGUGCUGGAGAGAACUAUCUCGGUGCUGCUUCCUUAAGGGCGCCAAAAUGGUACAAGCGGCCAGUUGGUGCAUCUUUUGGCUUUGGAGGAAAGCUUGUUUCAUUUCACCAAAAGCCUCCUGCAAAGGGCGUGGUAUUUUUGCAUAGUCUGAUUAUGGAACAAAGUUUGGUGGGCCGUUCUUCUGAAUUUGAAGAAGCACUAGAGAAAGGAGACAAGUCUUCUCUAAGGGUUUUGUGCGAGAAGAAAUCUCAAGUGUCCGAGUCCAGCGAGGAAAAGGAGACAUGGGACUUGUUGAAAAUAAUGUUUGAAGAUGAAGGAACUACGCGGACGAAGUUGAUUUGUCAUCUGGGCUUUAGCUUGCCAUCUGAGGAGAAGGAAACAGUAGAUGGACUUUCUUCAGAUCUGAAUGGCAUUCGGUUGGAGGAUACUGUGGAAAAGGAUGCGGUCGAGCCUGAGGACAAUAAAGAAGCAGCUGUAUUUUCUAUGGAUAAUGGUGAAGACUUCUUCAACAAUCUUCCAAGUCCUAAGGCUGAUACUCCUGUAUCAACAUCUGCUGGGGACUUUACUCCCCCAGUUACCGAUUCUGCUGUAAACGUAGAAGAGAUUCAACAAAUGCCAGAAGAGGAAGAAGAAAGCUCUGAUCCAGUAUUUGGUGAUGCUGUUCAGCGUGCAUUGGUUGUGGGGGAUUACAAGGGAGCAGUAGCUCAAUGCAUAUCUGCAAAUAAGUUUGCCGAUGCUUUAGUCAUUGCUCAUGUUGGUGGUGUUGCAUUAUGGGAGAGUACUCGCGAUAGGUAUCUGAAGAUGAACAGCGCACCUUACAUGAAGGUGGUUUCUGCGAUGGUGAACAAUGAUCUCAUGACCCUUGUUCGCACCAGGCCACCAAAGUUCUGGAAAGAAACCCUCGCUCUCCUAUGUACAUUUGCACAAGGAGAUGAAUGGACCAGUCUCUGCGAUGCUCUUGCCUCAAAGUUGCUGGAUGCCGGUAAUACUGUGGCUGCAACUUUGUGCUAUAUUUGCGCAGGAAAUGUUGACAAAACAGUUGAAAUUUGGUCAAGCAGCCUUGCAAAUGAGCGUGAUGGAAAAUCUUAUUCUGAGCUUCUUCAAGAUCUUAUGGAGAAGACUCUUGUUCUUGCCUUGGCAACUGGAAACAAAAGAUUCAGUACAUCCCUUUGCAGACUUUUUGAGAGUUAUGCAGAGAUUUUGGCCAGCCAGGGGCUUCUAACAACUGCAAUGAAGUGUUUAAAAGUUCUGGAGUCUGGUGGCUUGUCACCUGAACUUUCAAUCUUACGAGAUCGGAUUGCCUUGUCUGCAGAACCCGUUUCUAAUGUUGCUGCUGCGGAGACACAAACUGCUCCUGUGGUUAAUUCUCAGCCCCAAAACCUUCUGCCAUAUCACCAGGAGGCACCUCAAAUGAAGCCAAGUGUUCCUGGUAGUCCAUAUGAUAAUCAGCAUCAGACACAGUACAAUGAUUCUUAUACAGGAGGGUAUGUCCCUUCCAGUUCGCAUCCACCUAUGCAGCAGCAGUCCAUGUUUAUGCCUCACCAACCUCAGCCUGUUCUACAGCAGCCAUCUUUUGCCCCUGCUCCUGUAAGCAAUGCUCAGCCAUCCAUGAGAACUACUUUUGUUCCUUCAACUCCCCCUGCUCUAAAGAACGUGGAGCAAUAUCAGCAGCCAACCAUGGGUUCUCAUAUGUUUACCGGAUCUUUUAACCCUGCAUACCCCACUCCUCCCGGUCCUGCUCCACAUGGAUCUGCUGCUUCACAAGUUAGUCAUUUUCCUACCCCGAAAAUGCCCCAAGUUGUUGCUCCAACAAAAACACCUAUUGGAUUCACACCCAUGGCAACUCCAGGAGUUGCUCCAAGAUCUGGAAUGGGUUCGGUGCAGCCAGCAAGUCCUCCUGCUGCCCAGCAAGCAGCUGCACAACCAGCCCCUACACCUGCGACUCCGCCACCAACUGUUCAAACUGCAGAUACUUCCAACGUACCAGCUCACCAGAAACCUAUAAUUGCAACGCUGACAAGGCUUUUCAGCGAGACAUCAGAAGCACUUGGAGGGGCACGUGCUAAUCCAGCGAAGAAGCGCGAGAUAGAAGACAACUCAAGGAAAUUAGGGGCUCUGUUUGUUAAACUCAAUAGUGGGGACAUCUCGAAGAAUGCUGCAGACAAACUCGUACAGCUCUGCCAAGCGCUGGACAACCAUGAUUUCAGCGCAGCACUACAAAUACAGGUCCUUCUUACGACCAGUGAAUGGGAUGAAUGCAACUUCUGGCUGGCAACACUGAAACGGAUGAUUAAGACUAGGCAACACAGCGUUCGCUGAAGAAGGGUCCGUCUGGUUCCUGGUUUGUUUAUUUAUAUAUAUAAGCCCACAUGGUUGUGUCAUCGCCCCUACUACUUGUUCCGAAUUCACAGGAAAGACAUUGUGGACUUCCUUUUGGCUCUUUCUUUUUUGUUUUGACAAACGCAGUAAUAGUCAAGACUGCUGCCCCGAUCUUUGUUGAGUCUGCAAGUUUAGUGGAGACAUUUACUACACCUUCGAAUUUUUCCCAUCAUGUUUUUGUAGUUACCAGACAUGGUGUUUCUCUUCUCUUGAUUUGUUAAAUUUAUAAUAUGAUGAUAAAGGUUACAUUUUUU